GAACGGGUCGGGCCGGCUCCCGGCAGCGGGGGAGGGGACGGGCGCCGCCGGGCCGUUUCCGCGGCGGGGAGAGGCAGGUGCGUGGCAGGAUCGCGGGCUCCGGGCGCCCUGCCUCGCCCUUGGGCCGGGCGGCUCGGCCCUGCCCGGCGGCGGGGCCCUGAAGGCGUUGGCUCGUUCCCCCCCCCCCCAGCGCCGAGGGGGCCGCGGCUGCCGAGGCAGCGCAGCCCGGGCCGGACCCCGGGGACCCCGCGGGUUCACGGGUGGGGAAGGGGCCGCCAGCGAGGGUAGGGCAGCCGGCCGGCUCCUUCCCGGCAGCGAUCUGCUAGCUCGCUCCAGGGUCGGGAGCGCCUCGGGCAGCCUUUCGAGAGACGCAGCUUUGGUAUUUUGAGAAUAGAGCCUGCAGGCGUGACUCAGCUGCGUCUAAAAACAGCUGCUGAAUAAGGGAAAACGUUCUGGAGAACAGCUUCUCUAAAUAAUAAUAAUAAGCGCAAAUUGCCCUUUCUUUGGGAAGCUGCAGACACUUUGCGCACAGUCCAAAGAGAAAUAGACACCGGGAGGCUGCAAUUUGCGUCUACAUGGUCAUGUUCUGUCUGAUUUCUGUGUAAUUACACUGUAGUUAAAAUUGUGCAAUAAGGUGGAGAUGGAAGGCUUGUAGGAACUUCUUAACAAAGUCUUCUGUGACAGCAAAAGUGGUUCCCAUUUUAGACGCUAUUAGAAAAAGUGCUUUUCAUGUAGCUCUGUGAAGAGGGGAGGAUAAACAAUUCUUCCUGAUGCUGUUUGCUUCUCCUAACCACAGCUAGAAGUCCCUGAACUGCUUUCUGCAGGGCUGCAACGUCUUGUUGAAGUAGUCCUAUGAUAAGAUGCAGCUUCUCUUUAGUAACAAACAGCUUCCAGAGAAGUGUUUAAUUUGCUUGUUUCUUAAGGUCAUUUCAAAGAGGCUUUUAAGAGAAGACUUUAAUCCAGCUUCUGGAAGAAUUAACACUGCAUGUGAAUGAGAGGAGGGGGAGAACAAGGCUCGGUGGAUUGUUGGGUUUUAUUUCAUUAAAGCUUAAUCUAGUUUGAAUUUCAAUUCUGGUUUGUCUGUGAUAAGUGAGAAUCGAUCAGAAGAUGUGACGUAGUUCUUGACACUGGCAAUUCAGGUGCCAUAUGUUUAUGAUGGCCGAAAUGAAUUUGUGGUUACUGACUUUGAAAAGUCAUCCAGUAGAUAAAGUUUAAUGGAUUUUAGUAUACACAGCGUAUGGAAUGAAUGAUUCUUUUGGUCUUAGAACCUCAUUAAUCUAUUACAGCUGUAAAAUAUAUGUUCUUUUUCAUACAUUGUUAUGAACCGCCUUCUUGAAAACAGAGGGAACAGUGAUGUAACUAAACAUUAGUGAAUAAUUUAAAGUUUGCAUAAUCUUCGGUCCAAAUCUGUAUGACUAGAUUGAGUGUAAAAAAAAAACAUGCUGAGAGAAGCAGAGAGCUGGACUGGGUUACAUGAAACCAUAUCUUCCCUAUGAGUCACUUGCGAUGCUGAGGUCUUUAAAAGGUAGCACAUACUUCUGUUUGAAUAAACAGCUUAAUGGAGACUGUCAUUCUCCAUUUGGACUACCCAGUAAAAGGAUGACCUGUACACUUUGCCAUGGACUGUGUAGGUCUUGGAUGGCAGAGGAAUGUGCUUUUGUGCUUUAGCUGUGGUUCUCAAGGGACUUUCUACGUGGCUGGUAUAUUGCUGUUAACAAUGAAGAUUUGUUAUGGACAACUGUAAAAUCCUGUUAUAAAGGGUUAAUUGGGAUCACUGUUAAGACUUUGCCUGCACACCGCAAUUAGGAACCAUUCUUUUUAGUGUGUAUCUGCUAUUCCUGACAGUUGAGGUUUUCUUUUCAUGACAGCCUGGAGGUCAUGGGUAAAACAGGGAAGCUCUGACCACCAACAGAGCAACUUCAAGGAAAGCCCUGGUCUCAUGGCUGGUUUAAAAAGGGGCUCAGUACAUCAUACAACUGCUGAACAGAGGAGAACUUGCCUUCAAGCUAGCAAGAUUUGGUGGAGUGCCUCCUUGGCUCUGAUUAAAUCUGAUCUGUCAUCUAUUUUGUACUUAAAUCCUUUCGCAUAAACCUCAAAUCUCAGAAAUCAUGAGUAGCUUCAGCAAUGAAGAAUUUGAAUUUACCUUCCUUGACGAAGGCUUUACUGCCAAGGAUAUCCUUGACCAAAAAAUAAAUGAAGUGUCAUCUUCUGAUGAUAAAGAUGCCUUCUAUGUUGCGGACCUUGGGGAUAUUGUAAAGAAGCACAUGCGAUGGCAUAAAGCUCUUCCUCGGGUCACCCCCUUCUAUGCCGUAAAAUGUAACGACAGCAAAGCUGUAGUGAAGACACUUGCUGUUCUUGGUGCAGGAUUUGAUUGUGCCAGUAAGACGGAAAUACAGCUGGUACAGAGCAUUGGUGUACCUCCUGAGCGAAUAAUAUAUGCAAAUCCCUGCAAACAAGUAUCUCAAAUCAAACAUGCUGCUAGCAGUGGUGUACAGAUGAUGACAUUUGAUAGUGAAGUAGAACUAAUGAAAGUUGCAAGGGCCCAUCCAAAAGCCAAGUUAGUCUUGCGCAUUACAACUGAUGACUCCAAAGCAGUUUGUCGUCUGAGUGUUAAAUUUGGAGCUACACUGAAGACAAGCAGACUGCUUCUAGAGCGUGCAAAAGAACUUGACCUUGCCAUCGUUGGAGUUAGCUUCCAUGUUGGAAGUGGAUGUACAGACCCAGAGACCUUUGUUCAAGCGAUUUCUGAUGCUCGCUGUGUGUUUGAUAUGGGAGCUGAACUUGGCUUUAGUAUGUAUCUGCUUGAUAUUGGUGGUGGCUUCCCUGGCUCUGAAGAUGUCAAGCUUAAAUUUGAAGAGAUAACAAGUGUAAUCAGCCCAGCACUGGAUAAAUACUUUCCUUCAGAUUCUGGAAUAAAUAUUAUUGCAGAGCCUGGAAGAUACUAUGUUGCAUCAGCAUUCACACUGGCAGUCAACAUAAUUGCAAAAAAAAUUGUAUUAAAGGAACAAACAGGGUCUGAUGAGGAAGAUGAUGCAAGUGACAAAACUCUUAUGUACUAUGUGAAUGAUGGAGUUUAUGGGUCAUUCAACUGCAUCUUGUAUGAUCACGCACAUGUUAAACCAGUUCUGCAAAAGCGGCCUAAACCAGACGACAGCUGCUAUUCCUGCAGCAUAUGGGGACCAACGUGUGAUGGCCUCGAUCGUAUUGUUGAGCGCUUUAAUAUGCCAGAGUUGCAAGUUGGUGACUGGAUCCUGUUUGAAAACAUGGGUGCCUAUACUGUUGCAGCAGCUUCUACGUUCAAUGGAUUCCAGAGGCCAACAAUACACUAUGUGAUGUCAAGACCAGCAUGGCAACUAAUGCAGCAGAUCAAGGAGCAAGGGUUCCUAGCUGAAGUGGAAGAGCAGGAUGUGUCUAGUCUGCCACUCUCUUGUGCCUGGGAAAGUGGAAUUGAAUAUCCAGCAACUUGUGCUUCAGCUAGUAUUAAUGUAUAGGUAAUAUUUAGUAAUUAACUGCAAGGUUAGUCAUUGGAUUUAGGGCAUUUGGGGGACCAUUAACUUAAAUCUUGCUAGAAUUUUUAAGUGUUUUUUUUAAAGUUUUUAGGUUUGGCAUAAAUACAACAAAAAAGACUAGGAGAUGGGUCACAAUUAUCUGUGUUCCUAUGGAAACUAUUUGAAUAUUGUUUUAUAUGGAUUUUUAUUCACUUUUCAUGUAUGCUACUAAAGACUGACCCUCAACUGUCAAACAAGUAUUUGUAGCUUGUGUAUGGCAGAAUGGGCUAAGCUUAGUGUUCUGUGACCUACCUGUUUUAAAAUAAAGUAUAUUGAAAUAA